GUAGAGGCAGUGGUGGUGGAGCACAGCUGAUGUUGAGGAGAGAGGCAGCACGUGUGAAGGCUGUUCUCUAAUGGACUAUCUUCAGCUUUACAGAGAGGCCAGGUCAAGCACCCCUGAGCCUUGGAUCAUUCCUCAUCUUAACCAGCAGUAUAACAGCCCGAUGGGACUAACUGCUCCUACUCCUCUAUGCCUCUGAGAUCCUCUGAUUUCUCCUCCACUUUUUUUCACAGCCUUACACAGAGAUGGACAACUGCUCAGUCUAGACUUAGAAUCAUUGUUGGAUCUGUGGAUUGACUGUGAAGCCACAAAUUCAACUGACUUUAUCAAGAUUAAGGUCCUUGUAUUGGAGACAGGCCCGGAACUGACACCAUAGAGACCUAGAGAUGUGAUGACCAGAGAAGUCGUCUAAACAGAAGAACUCGUAAUAUUGUUGGUGAAUGGUGUCAACCAAACAGAGGUCAAAAUGGAACCAAUUAGAAAAGACAUGGAGCUGCUAAGUAACAGCAUGGCGAGCUAUGCUCACAUCAAAGCCAACCCAGAGAGCUUGGCUUUGUACUUCAUGAUGGGUGUGUGUUUUGGCCUGCUCCUGGCCCUGUGCCUCCUGGUCACUGGCAUCGCCUGUAGCACACGUCGUGGUCGCACCAAGAACAAGAACACUCCCCACUCCCUAGAGAGGAGACAACUGAAGUCUAGCGAAGAAGAUGAGGAACAGGAGAAAGUGGAUGUGGAAGAAGGGGAGGAGGUUGAGAUCCCUAAAUUAACUGCGGUGCCUAUGAGCAACCGCAGCAGCCAAUCAAAUGGUACUUUGAGGAGCGUGAACGUGUUCGCGUCGGCGGAUGAGCUGGAGAGGGCGAGGCAACUGGAGGAGAGGGAGCGCAUCAUCAGAGAUAUCUGGAGAAACGGGCAGCCUGAUAUACUGGCCACUGGGACAGGGACCAUCGAACGGGUACACUACCUCUAAAGGACCUAAAGUGACUCAAUGACCUAUUAACAUUUUAUUAACCCUGAACUUUAUCUACUUCAGACAGAGACUGUAGAGGACUUUACUGGGCAGGCACAGAUUCACCUUCAUCUUUUCAUUCAAUGUGUAUUUUCAACAUUUUUCAUUAAUGUAUGACUAUGGCAAAUGUGUUGCAUAAUACAAUGUACGCUUUUAUGUUUAUACUUCAAUGAGUAUCCAUAUACAUUUUUUAUUUUGGUAAUAAAAAGUAUAAUUUCAUGA